UUGGAUUAGCACAUUUCUGGAAUAGCUGUCUGUUUACACUCUGGAGACCCACCGUCCACUAACCGCUUUCUAAUUGAAUUCUAAUCACAUUCAAAUAGCUCAAUAACCAGCCUCAGCUGCAAUUCAUAAAACUUUAAUUGCCAUCCAUAAAUCCUGGGCUCCCCAGAGCGGGGCGUCCCUACAACUCAAUUACACUUCUCUUGCAGGCAAGAGAGACAGUCACAGAAAUGGAAAGGGAAAAGGAGAAACAGAAAGACAGAAGACAGAGAGACAACCAUGCUGCCGGCUGAGAAGCUGAGGCUCCCCUAGGAUUUGGGCACUUGGUUCUCGCAGGUGAAGGGAGUCCUGUCCCCAAGUUUCUUAGCACCAUUGUGAUCUGAGGCCUGGAGUUAGCUGUUCUGGGAAAAGAUUGGACUUGUAGCUUUUGCUCACCCUCCCUGCUUCAGCCAGUUCUAUAGGGUAAAGAAGAGAAAGCUGUCACUUCUGCAGCAUUGCCUUCCCCCAAAGACCAAUGUCUCCUAUGUGGGCAGCCACCCUCUCUCACAUAGCCACUGGUACACCAGUCUUCCACUGGAGCUUGUGCCACUCAGAGAGGUUUCCUUUACCAAGCCACUUCACCCAUCCCAAGGCAGGAUUCACUGAGAAGCUCAAUUCCCUUCAAUCUUUUUGGGCUUUAAAAAGGGUGCAUAGGGGAGAGUGCUUCAUGGUUAGUCUGCUAACUGCCUGAGAUCUGUAAAAUGCAAAGGGGCAGGAGAUCACGGGAUCCAAAGCAAAGGCUUCUCUCAACCCCUGCCCAGUCUCCAGAAGGGCCGAGGUUCGGUCCUCUCCCCAAAAUCCAUGGGAUGGAGUUUGUAGGGUUGGAAAUACAGCAGUAGAACCACUUGGAGAAAGAAAGAGUGACCCUUCAAUGUCUCUCUCUGCCAAAGGGGGAGUUUCAGGUUAGAAAGAGGUACAAGAAAGCUUCCUUGAUCUGGGUGGCCCCAGGGAAGGCCCCAAGUGCAAGGGCAUUUUAGAGAUUCUCAGGCAUCAGAAUGAAAAGCUCAGCAGCUUCUUAGCUGGGAGGCUUCACUGUUAGGCCCCCAUCCCUCAUUCCUAACCACCUGAAUGACCUUGGCCAAGUCCAAAAGCUGGGGGACUCUGUAUGUGGGAAUGUGUGUAGGUGUGUGUGUGUGUGUGUCCACCGCACUCACAAUCUUCCCCUAAACCGCAGGCCUCACACUAUACCUUGCCUUAUCCACGACUGACACAGAGGAGCAGGGAGUUCUGGGCAUUCCUAUUAAAAAGGCCGCAAAGUCCCCACCUGGUGCCCUUUGCGGCCCGGCGCAAGAAAGAGUUGGGUUGGGGCCCAGGUUAGGGAGAGGGGUGGGAUGGAGGAUGCAGCUCUGUGAUUUCUCGAGAAAGAGGGGGAGGAGGCUGGCCUCCCCGCGAAAUUAACAAAACCUACACUUUGCAAAGUCUCCCCCAUCCCCCUCCUCCGAGUUCUUCCCUGCCGCGCGCCCGCCCCUCCUCGCCGCUUCUGUUGUGACUCGGGCAGCCUAUCCCGAGGGUGGGGAGCUGCCGAGGAGCCUGAGCCGAGCGGUACUCCGCAGCAUCACGUGUCGGGGUGGGGGCUAUAAAAUCUCGUAGCUGGGGCGUCGGGCGGGGGACGUGAGGACCAGCCCUCUCCAGGGACCCCUUUGUUCGCAGCCUAGACGCCGACACCUCCGCGUCCCCAAGGGCUUGACCGCCUGCGUCCGCACCGCGCCCGGGGCAGAGCUCAGGACAGGAGAGGGGAGGGGGCUCCACGGCUGGCCGGGCCCUCUAUCUGCCCACCCUUCCCGACAUGUCGCGCUCCUUCUAUGUCGACUCGCUCAUCAUCAAGGACUCCUCAAGGCCCGCGCCCUCGCUGCCUGAGCCGCACCCCGGGCCAGAUUUCUUCAUCCCGCUGGGCAUGCCGUCCCCGUUGGUGAUGUCUGUGUCCGGACCAGGCUGCCCGUCCCGCAAGAGCGGCGCGUUCUGCGUUUGCCCGCUCUGCGUCACUUCGCACCUGCACCCCUCUCGGGGGCCCGCGAGCUCCGGCGGCGAGCACCUCUCCCGAAAAUUACCUCUCUUACCCUCUCUUCGCCUGUCUGCAGGGGGCUCGGACGCCAGCCAGGUACCCAACGGCAAGAGGAUGAGGACGGCGUUCACUAGCACGCAGCUCCUGGAGCUGGAGCGGGAAUUCUCUUCCAACAUGUAUCUGUCUCGACUCCGGAGGAUUGAAAUCGCCACGUACCUGAACCUGUCGGAGAAGCAGGUGAAAAUCUGGUUUCAGAACCGCCGGGUGAAGCAUAAGAAGGAAGGGAAGGGCACGCAGAGGAACAGUCACGCGGGCUGCAAGUGCAUAGGCAGUCAGGCGCACUACGGGCGGUCCGAGGAUGAGGACUCCUUGUCGCCGGCCUCGGCCAACGAUGACAAGGAGAUUUCCCCCUUAUGAAGGAGGGCCACCCCCUCUCGCCACAUGCUCCGGGCAUCCCCAACAGCGCCCGAGGAGGCGGAUACCAGCGGCCAAAACCCUCCCCCUUUCGGGGGGGGGGUCCCACCUGGAGAAGGUGUAGACAAGCAUUCCGGGGGGUGUACAUGCUGGGCCUGACCCUCCACGUCUCCUCCUUGACCUAUCUGUUUGUGGCUCCACUCGCAGUUAUAGAUCUUUUUUUUUUAAUGUAAAUAAUCUAGAUUCAACUCAGUCUUGUCAUAUAACAAAGAAAAACAGGGUUGGUUUAACACUGUAUGGGGUUUUUUUGAAAGCGCACGUCAUUUUCUUUUCCCUGCUGUCUUUCAGAACCUGAUAAGAACACCAGGUUUCUUGAUUAUUUUUUGUUGUUAGUUUUUUUUUAAUGAAAGUAUUAAGUUGCAAAUAACUUAGAAAAUUAAACCCUGUAGGUCUUGCUUUCUAAAAUUUUCCUGGGGACAGUUUGAAA